AUGGGAGUAGCGGAAUCUAAACUAUCUUUCAGAAACUCCCUGUUGGCAUUGCUUAAGGAACCAGCAAAACCAGAAGAUUACCAGGUUAUUUUCAAUUCUUUGAUCAAUGAUAACGAUGUAUUUUCUCUUAUAUUCCCAAAAGAGAUCCUUCAAUUUUGCCAAGGUGAAGAAUUCUCGCAACUCGCGUUGUUGGUCCAAAUCUGUCUCUGGAACAUUAUCUAUUAUCAAAAGAAUGCAAAGAAAAGAAACUAUAUUGAAUCAAAGAAGCCACUCAUUUUGAACAGUGUUAGAAUCUUGACAAGAUUGAUUCCUUAUUUGUACGAGUCGAAGAAAUCCCACUCGUGGAUUCGUGAGUACCUGUUCUCUUCUCCAAAAGAUGCUUUUGAGAAAAUGCAAUUAGAACUGGAUAUAUCAAGUUUUUAUCCAGGUUUCGAUUUACCCACCGAAGUCUGUCUUCUUUCUGCACUCUUAAACUCAGUUCUUCAAAUUUGUUUCUUGCCUGGCUUGAGUCUUUCCAUAAUGAGCUCUGACGGAGAGAAGAUAUGGUCUUCAGGUCUUGUCUUCCAAAAAUUAGAACAUCCUCCUUCUUAUGACCAUCAAAGUCAUCAGUUAACCCUGCUUCGUUUUCUCAUGGUCCUUAUAUCCGAGCCUCUUUAUCAGUCUCAGGGUCGAGUGAAUGCAAGUGUUUUAGAGCAUCUCUUAGCUUUAAGCAAUCGAAACACAAAUAUCAGAUUGGUUUGCUCUCUCAUCAACACUGCUUUCAUCAAUUCUUCCUCCUGGUUACCCAAUAUGCUAAGUCAAUCAUCGGAUGUACUUAGACGAUAUUCAGCUUUACUCUUGCUGCAACUCAUCUCCAUUCCAAAACCAAAAACUGUCUCUACGAAUACCGUGUUGGAUAUCUUGAGAAAACUCCAUCGUCCAGAAGAUCUUCAUUUAUUAGCCACGUCCCUUUUCAAAACCAUAUCGCUUCCACUGAAGAAUUCUUUGAGUAUGAUUUCAUUUUUUCAAAAUUCCAACCAAAACUUGGAGGAGGCAUUAAUCUUCUUUUUCUUACUUCUCACUAAUCAUUUUCGAUUUGCUAAUGAACUUGAAAAGCUUCCUUUCCUCACUGAGCUUAUAUCGUCUCUUUUAUACAUCUUUAUCAAUUAUGACUCUAAUGAAGACGCAAACAUCGGGUUUAUAGCUCAAGUUGCUGGAUAUUGUUUGCAGCAAAUCUUAAGUAAAAAAGAACUAGUUGAGUCCUUUGCUAAAUGCAACGCUUCUUCCAUGCUUCCUCCCACUUCUCAAAAAUUACCUAUUUAUGAGCUUAACGUCACAAAUUAUAUUUUAUUGACUUUAAUCACACACAUAAAUGAUGGUCACCAUUCCCAACACCUGGCAUGCCUUGUAGUUUCUAACAUCUUGUUGAAUUCUUCUAAUUUACCUCUGAUGACUUUGGAGCAUCUCAUAACUCUCAUCAGCCACUACUUUGAACCUGAUGUUUUUCUCACGAAGAAGUCCAAUGCAAUUUUAUCCAAACGGCUACUUUCAGGGCUGCUUACUACAAUAUCAAGGAAUUUAGAUGAAAAUUAUCUAUUGAUCAAGUCUUUGAAAGAAAACGCGAAUCGCUUUGAACCGUUGCUCCAUUCAACGAACGAAGACUUUAACGAAUCUUUACAAAGCUAUCAUUCUAUCCAUCCUGAAUUCACGGAUUCAGAUUUAAACUGGUAUCAUGCAUGGUUCUCUGAGUUUAAGAUACCCCUGUUAAGAGACCUAAUAUUAUCAGAAAAUGGAAAGUCUGUGUUGAUGGAUCCGCUAAACCUUCAAAGUCUUGAAGUCGAACCCUGCUAUGUUGAAUAUAAUGCCAACAUUCAAGAUUGGAUUUUCUUAAAUUUGUGGAGGAUCACUUUAAGACAAUGCUCCAAUAAUGCUCCGGUUGCACUGUCUCCUUGGUCAGGUACAGCCGUUACAUUAUUUUCAAUUCGCGAAGAGCCUCAAGCUUCACCGGCGUCACUAAUUUUACAAAACUUACAGAACAGGUUUUUACAAAAUUAA